AUGUCUCGACUAUCGCCGAUUCCGCGCCGUGGCUCAAGGUCAAGCAUGCGUUCAAACACCACCUACCACAGCUUCCAGGAAGUUGAAAUGUUUGAACCGCCCAUGUCCUCAGGGACUUCAGCAACUUACGCCAUGACACCCUCCAAACCGGCAUCAGCAAGCAUGUCGACAGAGGAUUUCGAGUCCACGCCUAUGCGCCGACAGGACUCUGGCUACGAGUCUAUGCCACCACGGAGCUCCAAGCGCCGGACGUCGACUACGUCGUCGUCUCACUCCAACAGCUCAACGCCUCGACCUCGGAAUCGGCCGGCCGUGCGUAGGUCGCCCAAGUCGGGCCCGGUCUCGCACAUGCCUCGGUCCAGCGCACAGCAGUUGUGCCGCACGCGGUCUCACACGGCGUACACGCAGCACCAGUUGUCCCAGUCGCCAGUGACUUAUUUCUACUUUCCGGCGAUGCCUGAUCCUGCUGAGGAGGCCGACGAGACGCCAUAUCCUCAGCAGCAUUCCCACAACCAGGUCCGCUCUGUACCUACCAGUCUUGACUACGGUGCUCGACCGAUCCGGCCAUACUCUCCGACCACCCCCGACACGCCCACGUCACCAUCAUACCCACCUCUGCCACCUCAGACGACGCACUACUGGACUAGCGACCGCACCCGGAGGCUUGAGUACGCUGCCAUUGAUGCUGCCAGUCGCGGCGUCAGGGGCUGGGUGAUGCGGCACAUAGUGCCCGACUGCUUCAUCCCCAAGAGCAAGAAGGGUCAGCACCUCGGGUUCGAUGACGACGGUGGCAGUGUGAGGCGUUACAGGCUCGACCUGGACGAAGAUGACGUCCUCUGCCACGCGGAGAAGAACGACUCCCGGAAGCAGAAGCGAUGGCGUCUAUGGGGGUCUGCGACGAUGUGA